GGAGCACGCCUCGGUGGGCCCUUGUCGUCGCAUCAAGCACCCAGUUAGUCUUUGAGAAGUCGUGCAUUUCACUCGACGUCGCUUGUCACAUUUGUCCUUGAACCUUUUGUUCACCCCAACUCCCCGUCUAAAUAAAUACUAAAUAAAAUCCCAUACUCACUCUGUGGUUUACAACCGUCUCCCUUGAGAAUAAGUUUGCCCAAGUUUCAUUACCAAGUUUUAUGUGGAAUAAAAAUGUCAUCUCGGUGGUACAGUGUUCUUGUGCUUGGUAUUUGGAUCUCAUCCUCCUGGAGCUUUAAUGGUGCCCAAACGACGGUGAGGACUUACCAGAAUAAGACGGUGGUCCUGCCGUGCCACGUUGACAGUCUUGGGGUACCUACAAUAGUCAGAUGGUGGAAAGACGACCGCCAGUUAGCUGACAGUGGUGACCCAAACUUCGUCGUCCCCAACAGAAUGAAGAUGUGGGACAACAUGAGUCUAGAAAUAUCGCAAGUGCAGCCGGAGGACUCCGGUGAAUACGUGUGUCAAGCGACCAGGCCAUCAUCCUGGGGGCACGUCACUCAGGUCCACGCGAUCGAAGUCAUGUAUCCCCCAAGUGUACACUCGGUGCCAGAAGCAGGCGAACUGGAGGUGAAUCUCGGGGAGGAGGUGGAAAUUGCCUGUAUCGCUAAAGGAGUACCUUAUCCCAGUAUUUCGUGGAGAAUGAAGGAUGAAGAGAUGAAGCUGUUGGACGAGAGAUCAAAAUUGCGGUUUCAAGCGGACAAUCGAAGCCUGUCUGGCCGCUACACCUGCGUUGCAGACAAUGGGGUCGGUGACCCGGCCACUGCCGCCAUAGAACUUCGCAUUUGCUACAAACCGGAGAUUGAGCCGAAGAAGAGUUGGAUCCACGCCUCCCCGGGGAUCAGAGUUCAGUUAGACUGCAGGGUCAGUGCUUGGCCAGAGGCGCUCGUCGAUUGGUACUUCGAGGGCGAGAAGAUUCUCUUCUCAUCGAGAAUUGUCAAGCACACAGCCGACCAGGUCCACAGUCUCAUCAUCAGAAACGUGAGGUCCACCGACUACGGCUAUUACCAGUGCAAAGCCUCCAAUAAUCUCGGAGUGAGCGAAGUUGCUAUUGAGGUAUCUGGGAUCGCCAAUGCCGCUGUGUUCAAGGAGUCCAAUAUCAUAUCGCGAAAUGCUUACAAUUUCAUCUGGGAGGUGGACAGCUACAGUCCAAUCAUCGAGUACCAAUUCUGGUUUCGCAAGUAUUGGCCUUCGGAGCGCCGUGACUGGCACAAGCUCUUCAUUCCGAGCGGCAGUGAAGCGAUUGGACCACUCCAUUCUAAGUCUUUUAAUCUCACGGGCUUAGCCCCAGCUACAUACUACGAGGCACUCGUUCUGGCUAGAAAUCGCUAUGGGUGGAGUAAACCCUCGAAAGUACUGAGAUUCGCUACCGAGGGUGCACCUCCCCACAAGGAGCACUAUAAGGUCGAGGAGGUGUACGAGGAGUCAGCACCAGCUGUCGUCCUUGGCAGCCCCGCACUCCAACAAUCGUCAUCAGAAACCAGCGGUGCGGAUAUCGCCACCACAACAUUCAUCCCAAGUCUGAUUAUCCUUAUCUACUUCCUAAGCAACCUAAACCUUACGUAAUCCCAAAUUAAUGAUGGAAUCUAAUCGAUAUAAAUAUUCCUUAGUCUUUCAAUAAUCCACUCUCCCGAACCGAGUGUUAUUUAUUACAACUGAAAAAAAAUUGUACAGUAGUUAAUAAGUCGAUGCGAGUGGUGAUUAAGAAUGAUAUUUGCAACCGCAGAUGUCACUCCGUUCCAUUCUUCUUUUUUUAUUGUAUGCACCUUGUGCGUGUGGGGACAGGCGAUCAAGAGAGAAUAAUAUUAAAUGACAUAUGAUUUUGUUGA